CCCUGCACCUUCUACUCUCAUCCAGCUAAAAUAAGCAGUUUAAUCCCAGGAAAAACAGUCACAAUAAACCACUGAGCGGUGAUCACUCCACAGAAUCCAUCCAGUUUUCUCCUUGUCUGCUAGCAUUUCCUUCUUCCUUUUUUUAUGACCACUCACUGCUCUACUACUUUCACUCCCCUCAUUAUUUUUAUUUCUAUUAUUAUAUUACAACAAAUAAUAAUAAAUUUAUUUCCCGGAACGGUUGUUUCUCUUUCCUUUCUAGCUGAUUCCAGAUCGAGAAUAAAAAAGUUUGGAAAAAAAAUCAGAAGUUGAUUGAUGAGUCUUGAGUAAUGGGCUGCGUCUACUCGCGAUCCUGUAUCGGCGAGGUCUGCAUACCGAAAGACCUGAGAGCAAAAAACCAAAACCACCAAGAAACCACUCAGAAAGCUGGAGAGAUUCCAGUCUUCUCCCCUGCUGCAUCAUCUUCAUCGCACGAAUCCGAAACUCGUGACCACAUCAACCAAUUAAGCAACCAUGACUUAGGAAUUGCAGGACUCUCACGUGUCUCCUCGCAGUUCCUCCCUCCUGACGGAUCUAGAACCGUCAAAAUCCCAUCAGCAAACUACGAAUUAAAAUACUCCUACCUCUCGCAGCGAGGGUAUUAUCCUGACGCCUUAGAUAAAGCGAAUCAGGAUAGUUUCUGUAUCCACACUCCAUUUGGUGCAAGUCUGGAUGAUCAUUUCUUCGGUGUUUUUGACGGGCAUGGGGAAUACGGUGCUCCAUGUUCGCAGUUUGUUAAGCGGAAAUUGUGCGAAAACCUGUUACGGAACGGGAAGUUCCGGGUGGAUGCUGUAGAAGCAUGUCACUCUGCGUUUUUGAGCACGAAUUCGCAGCUACACGCGGAUAGUUUAGAUGAUACUAUGAGUGGGACCACUGCUAUAACUGUUUUAGUUAGAGGGAGGACGAUUUACGUGGCGAAUUCGGGUGAUUCGCGUGCUGUUAUAGCCGAGGAAAGAGGGAAUGAGAUAGUUGCAGUUGAUUUGUCGAUUGAUCAGACUCCAUUUCGUGUUGAUGAGCUUGAGAGAGUUAAGCUUUGUGGUGCCAGAGUGCUUACAUUGGAUCAGAUUGAAGGGUUGAAAAAUCCUCAUGUUCAGUGUUGGGGAAAUGAAGAGGGCGAUGAUGAUGGGGAUCCGCCCAGAUUGUGGGUCUCGAAUGGGAUGUAUCCAGGGACUGCAUUCACUAGGAGUAUUGGGGAUUCGAUAGCCGAGAGUAUUGGUGUUGUGCCUAAUCCUGAGAUUGUUGUUCUGGAACUUGGACCUCAGCAUCCUUUCUUCGUGCUUGCUAGUGAUGGAGUUUUUGAGUUUUUGUCUAGUCAAACUGUGGUUGACAUGGUUGCAAAAUAUAAAGAUCCACGCGAUGCCUGUGCUGCAAUUGUGGCUGAAUCAUAUCGACUUUGGUUACAGUAUGAAACUCGUACAGAUGAUAUCACAGUGAUAGUUGUGCAUGUUAAUGGUCUAACUGAAAGUUCUGUUAGUCAAUCUACAAUAAGUCCAGGGGCUUUACGACCACCUGUUCCGCAAAUUGUUGAGGUAACAGGAUCAGAAUCACCUGCAAACUUUGGGUGGAAUGCUAGGAACCCUCGCGUGAGGCAUGAUUUGUCACGGGCACGCCUGCGUGCCAUUGAGAGUUCACUUGAGAAUGGGCAGCUCUGGGUUCCUCCAUCUCCAGCUCAUAGGAAAACCUGGGAAGAAGAAGCACACAUUGAGAGAGCAUUGCAUGGUCAUUUCCUCUUCCGAAAGCUUACUGAUACUCAGUGUCAUGUUCUAUUGGAUUGCAUGCAAAGAGUUGAAGUUCUGCCGGGAGAAGAAGUUGUUAGACAGGGUGGUGAAGGUGAUUGCUUUUAUGUUGUUGGCAGUGGAGAAUUUGAGGUGUUGGCAACUCAGGAAGAGAAAGAUGGAGCAUUGCCUAGGGUUUUGCAGUCCUAUACAGCAGAUAAGUUAUCGUCUUUCGGAGAGCUGGCGUUGAUGUACAACAAGCCUCUCCAGGCCUCUGUUCGUGCUGUGACGAGUGGAACAUUGUGGGCUCUAAAAAGAGAGGAUUUUCGAGGAAUACUGACAUCAGAAUUUUCUAAUCUGUCAUCCCUGAAGUUGCUUCGUUCUGUUGAUUUGCUUUCUCAAUUGACAAUCUUGCAGCUUAGUCAUAUUGCAGAUACUCUUUCUGAAGUUUCCUUCUCAGAUGGCCAAACCAUAGUUGAUAUGGAUGAGGGUCUCUCUGGAUUACACAUCAUCCAAAAAGGACAAGUGAGAAUUACUUUUGAUGGGGACUUAUUAAGUUGUCCAAAUGUUGGAAGUCUGAAGUCUGAAAAUCAAAAAGAGGAUGAUUAUCUGCACUGUGGUAGCAAGCUAUCCUUAGAGAAGAAAGAGGGAAGCUAUUUCGGUGAAUGGGAACUUCUUGGUGAACAUUUUGAUUCUGUAAGUGCAGUUGCUAUUGGUGAAUGUGUGUGCUCUGUCUUGACAAAGGAGAAAUUUGAUUCAGUUGUUGGCCCUUUGGCAAGGCUUUCCAAGGGAGAGGAAAAGUCAAGGAGCUCUUCUUUGAAUUUUUUCAAGGAAUCUGCUGAAAUUACCAAUGUGGCAGCUCCUCUUGAAAUUCGGCUAUCUGAUCUUGAGUGGAGCCAUUCUUUAUAUUCCACUGAUUACAGUGAGGUUGGGCUUGUAAAUUUGAGGGACUCAGAAAAUCUGCUUAGUUUGAAAAGGUUUUCAAAGCAGAAGAUCAAGACUCUGGGAAAGGAGGAGCAAGUUUUGAAAGAGAAGAAUCUUAUGAAGAGUUUGGGUACUUCAGCUUUUGUGCCUGAGGUUCUAUGUACCUGUGCAGAUAGAAGACAUGCUGCCAUAUUGCUAAAUACAUGCCUUGCUUGCCCAUUGGAAUCAAUACUUCACACAGCACUUGAUGAACCAUCUGCACGGUUUUGUGCUGCCACUGUUGUUAUUGCCUUGGAAGAUUUGCAUAAGAAUGGUGUUCUCUACAGAGGGGUGUCUCCUGAGGUCUUAAUGUUGGACCGAACAGGAUAUAUACAGCUAGUAGAUUUCAGGUUUGGAAAGAAGUUGUCUGGUGAAAGAACAUUUACAAUUUGUGGAAUGGCAGACUCUUUAGCUCCUGAGAUAGUUCAGGGAAAGGGGCAUGGUCUUCCUGCUGACUGGUGGGCAUUGGGAGUCUUGAUCUAUUUCAUUCUGCAAGGUGAAAUGCCAUUUGGGUCGUGGAGAGACAGUGAACUUGAUACAUUUGCAAAGAUUGCGAAAGGACAGCUAAAUCUUCCUUCUAAUUUCAGCCGUGAAGCUGUUGAGCUCAUCACUCAGUUGCUUGAAGUUGAUGAAAGUUCAAGACUUGGAAGCCUAGGUCCUGAUUCUAUAAAAAAUCAUCCAUGGUUUGAUGGUAUUGACUGGAAAGGGAUUAGAGAUAGAAGCUUUCCUGUUCCUCGUGAAAUAACCUCUCGGGUUGCCCAACAUUUGGAAAGUCACUCUGUGGAGUGCACUGCUCCUCUAACUUCUCAGUCACAAGAUUUAGACGAUCUCAAUGCUCCUGAAUGGCUUGAUGAUUGGUAGAAAAAUAAUUGACAUGGGAUUUCCAUUUCUCCACUACUAUUUGGGAUGGAGCUCUCCUCUCCAGUGAGGCCAGCUUUUGGGUGCUUGAGUACACUUGAGAGCCUAGAGAUUGCAGAAGGUGUGCACAGAAUGAAAAGUGAGCUUUGCGCCUGAACUGGCUCAGAGUUCUCCAGCCCUUUUCUGGUCAAAGUACUUGAUUAUGAUAGCAUCAGCAAAUAAUAUCAUAUGGUGGGUAGUUACACUAACCAAUUCAAUGGAGAGGUCAGUUAAUAAACUUUUCUAUAUGUUAAUCGUGUAUUUUCUUUCCCACUUCAGUAAAUGUGUAUAUAUGUAAAUGAGAGAUGGUUUUUUUCUCCUAUAACGGAAUAUAGCUUCCCACUUUAUUCUUUAUAUGGCUUUUGAUUUCACUGGCUUAGAAACAUGGCUUUGCGGCAGGUUCUCUCUCUUAUAUUCUUUCAUUAAUAGCUAAUGUGGAAUGUAUUUUUAUUGUUGAGAGCUGCUUCAUGGAUAAAACUCAAUUGAUUGAGAUAAAUGAACAUGGGGAAACCUUUUUUGA